UCAAAACAACUUUUGCUGGAACAUCCACCACUAGUGGAGCAGUUACCACAACGGCACAACAAACAACAACUUCUACUUUAACUUCUGCCACUCCCUCUUCAACUGCCAUUGACAGGACAACUGUUAGUGCAGCUGAAACAUCCGCAACACCAGCAAGUACAACAGUAGAAACCUCUGCAGUCGUGACAGGUUUUGCUGUAAUAUCCACCACUAGUGAAGCAGUUACCACAAUGGCACAACAAACAACAGCUUCUCCUUUUACUUCAGCCACUCCUACUUCAACUGCCAUUGGCAGUACAACUGUUAAUACAGCUGAAACAUCCACAAUACCAGCAAGUACAACAACAGUAGAAUCAUCAGCAAUCACAACAACUCUUGCUGGAACAUCCACCAUUGGAGCAGUUACCACAACAACACAACAAACAACAGCUUCUACUUUUGCUUUGGCAACUCCCUCUUCAACUGCCAUUGGCAAUACAACUGUUAGUACAGCUGAACCAUCCACAACACCAGCAAGUACAACAACAGCAGAGUUCUCAUCUAUCCCAACAAUUCUUGCUGGAACAACCUCCCCCAGUGGAGCAGUUAUCAUGACAGAACAGCAAGCAGCAGCUUCUACUUUUACAUCGGCCACUCCCUCUUCAAGUGCCAUUGGCAGUACAACUGUUAUUACUGCUGAAACAUCCACACCAUCAGCAAAUACAACAACAGUAGAAUCUUCAGCAAUUAAAACAACUUUUGCUGGAACCUCCACCACUAGUGGAGAAGUUACCACAACAGCACAACACACAGCAGCUUAUACUUCUACUUUGGCCACUCCCUCUUCAACUGCCAUUGACAGUAUAACUGUCAGUACUGCUGAAACAUCCACAACACCAGCAAGUACAACAACAGUAGAAUCUUCAGCAAUCAAAACGACUUUUGCUGGAACAUCCACCAGUGGAGCAGUUACCACAAUGGCACAACAAACAACAGCUUCUACUUUUACUUCCGCCACUCCCUCUUCAACUGCCAUUGACAAGACAACUGUUAGUACAGCUGAAACAUCCGCAACACCAGCAAGUACAACAACAGUAGAAUCUUCAGCAAUCAAAACAACUUUUGCUGGAACAUCCACCAGUGGAGCAGUUACCACAAUGGCACAACAAACAACAGCUUCUACUUUUACUUCCGCCACUCCCUCUUCAACUGCCAUUGACAGUACAACUGUUAGUACAGCUGAAACAUCCGCAACACCAGCAAGUACAACAACAGUAGAAUCUUCAGCAAUCAAAACAACUUUUGCUGGAACAUCCACCAGUGGAGCAGUUACCACAAUGGCACAACAAACAACAGCUUCUACUUUUACUUCCGCCACUCCCUCUUCAACUGCCAUUGACAAGACAACUGUUAGUACAGCUGAAACAUCCGCAACACCAGCAAGUACAAAAGUAGAAUCCUCUGCGAUCAUAACAGUCUUUGCUGGAACAUCCACCAUUAGUGGAGCAGUUACCACAAUGGUAGAACAAACAACAGUUUCUGCUUUUAUUUUGGCCACUCCCUCUUCAACUUCCAUUGAGAGUACAACAGUUAGUACAGCCCAACCAUCCACAACACCAGCAAGUACAACAGUAGAAUCAUCAGCAAUCAAAACAACUUUUGCUGGAACAUCCACCACUAGUGGAGUAGUUACCACAACAGCACAACACACAACAGCUUAUACUUUUACUUCGGCCACUCCCUCCUCAGCUGCCAUUGACAGGACAACUGUUAGUACAGCUGAAACAUCCACAACACCAGCAAGUACAACAACAGUAGAAUCUUCAGCAAUCACAACAACUCUUGCUGGAGCAUCCACCAUUAGUGGAGCAGUUAACACAAUGGCACAACAAACAACAGCUUCUACUUUUACAUCAGCAACUCCCUCUUCAACUGCUUUCGAAAGUAAAACUGUUAGUUCAGUUGAAACAUCCACAACACCAGCAAGUACAACAACAGUUGAAUCUUCAUUAAUCACAGCGACCCUUGCUGGAACAUCCACCACUAGUGGAGCAGGUACUUCAAUCACUCCCUCUUCAACUGCCGCCAAUCAAGGGGCAGUUAAAAUGACAGCACAACAUACAACAGCUUCUUCUUUAACUUCAGCUACUGCCAUUUCAACGGCCUUUGAAAGUACAAAUGUCAGUACAGCCAAAUCAUCGACAACACCAACAGCUACAGUGACCUCUACAGAACAUUCAGUGGCCAUAACAACACUUCCUGGAAUAUCCACUAUAGGUGCAGGAGUUACUAGGACAGCACCACAAACAACAGUUUUUACUCUUUCUUCAGCCACUCCCUUUUCAACUGCAGCCUUAACAUCCAUAAUACCACCACCACCACCAACAACAGGACCCCCAACAGCCAGAACUCUUGCUAGAACAUCCACCACUAGAGCAGCAGUUAUCACUACAGCUGUAGUGACUCCCUCUUCAACUGCCUUUGCAACAAAUGCUGAAAUUACAGCAAAAACAACACCAACAUCAGGUGCCAUAACAUCUGUAACAACAACAACAGAAUUCUUAACCACCACAAAAAUUCGUCCUGAUAUACCCAGAACUACUGCAGCAGUUACUACAACAAACCCAAAAACGACAACAGCCAAGGCAAUAAUAAAAGUAACAACAAGACCCCCUACAUCAACUACCACAAAAGCUACUCCAAUAGUGCCUGAGAUCAUUACAGAAUUAGUUUUUCGCUCUUUUGACACAUAUACAGAUGACCUCAAAGAUGCAAACUCUGCAGGCUUCAAAAAGAGGGCUCAGGAAGCCAAAAGUAGGCUUGAAGCAGUCUACAAACUGAAGUAUGCUAACUUCAUCAGAGUGAUUGUCUUAAGAUUCACACCUGGGUCAAUCAUCACCACAACACAACUAGUUUUCAACUUGACACAAGCUGUCCCUACAGUAAAAGAAGUUGCAGAUGUCCUUGUGGCAUCAGUGGCAACAACAGAUGUUGCUCCACUAAACAUAAUUGCUUCCUCAAUUUCAGUCAAUGGUUCAGCUAUUGCUGCUACAUCUGUUGCUGCUAUGACAAACACAACAGCUUCAAGUGGAUCAAAGAUUGAAUCCAGUCUACACCAAACAAUAUGCCUCAUUAUUAUGUCAAAACUAUUACAGCUUUUCCUGUAAAUUAGUUAACCAUACAUCAACCAAACAGCAAAAUAUUCCCUUACAAAUGUAAAAAACGUUUACAAUUUUUAUUACGUUAAAAGUAUUUUACUUUAAAAUAUGGUAUAUGGCAAUAUAAAAAUAAGACUGAUAUUGCACUGUUCCUCAAGAAUACAAUUCUCUUGGUGACUAAUAUAUUCACUUAACCGCAGGCUGUUGAAUCAAAAAAAUGGAAAUAAUUUCUUAUGUUUUAUGCUUUUCUAUGGG